AUGCAUAGUUGCGAUAAGCAGUUAUUGAAAUGGCGUUAUACUGUGUGACAAUGUGUCGAAAAGGGAUUACCGACAAGUACGGUAGUCAUAUUCGGAUAAAAUCGGAAAAUCUCGAUAAAAUUUGGAGUUUGAAAUUUUUUUAUAGGCCUGUUUCGCACUUAGCUAUUCAGGGUAUUAAUCAUCUAAACCGACGAACGAAUUCUCUACAACAUAGAAAUAAAAAAAUGGGUGUAUCGUUGCGUUUUUGUAAUGGAUUAUCAACAACUGAUCCACAAAAUCAUCCAGUUUUAAUUAUUGGCCAAGUGAAACAUUUAAAUCAAUUGAAAUAUUCACAAAUUAAGUGUAAACUUGAGCCUCGCGUUACUGAAGAGAUUUUCAAAGCUGCUAUUUCUAGUUUACAUCCUUCACCUACCGAUAGUUGUUCAUUGUAUUUAAAUUUAGCAACUGUAGCUGCAUUACCAAUAAAAUGUUCCCGUCACAAUACCCCUUCAAGAUCGCAUGCAAUUACAAAAUUAGUUAAAAAUUGUACGGUUGGCGUUGAUGAAAGUGUUGUGAUUUUAUGCGAGAAACCGGAUUUGUAUGCUAGUGCUUGUGCAGUAGCUCGUGCUUUUCCCACAUACUCAAAGAAAUCAUCAUCAGGUAUUUCUCCAACAAAAGGGGACAACAGUCCAACAACGACAAACGUGAACAUUGAAUUUAUUAUUAUAAAUGGAAAUCAAGAUGACGCAUUAUCAGGACGUGGUGAUGUUGAUCAUUUAACUGCUGAAGAUUUAGAUAUGUUAAAUACAACAGCAAGUGCCAUACGUUUAGCGGCAUCCAUUGUAGAUACACCUUGCAAUGAGAUGAAUGUUGAUCAUUUUUUGCAAGAAGUGAAAAAAAUUGGAAAUGAAUUAAAAAUAACACCGAAAAUAAUUCGUGGCGAAGAAUUACGUGAAAAAGGUUUUGGUGGCAUAUAUGGGGUAGGAAAAGCUGCACGUGUACCACCUGCAUUAGCUGUACUUAGUUUCAAUCCACCAGGCGCACAAAAUACUAUUGCGUGGGUUGGUAAAGGUAUUGUUUACGAUACUGGUGGUUUGAGUAUUAAAGGAAAAACUGCAAUGCCUGGAAUGAAACGUGAUUGUGGAGGAGCUGCAGCUAUUUUAGGAGCAUUUUAUGCAGCUGUUAAAGCAAAUUUUACCCAAAAUUUGCAUGCUGUAUUUUGUUUAGCUGAAAAUGCUGUAGGUCCUGAUGCAACUCGACCAGAUGAUGUUCAUACUUUAUACUCAGGGAGAACUGUAGAAAUUAAUAAUACGGAUGCCGAAGGGCGUUUAGUUUUAUCAGAUGGAGUUGCGUACGCACAAAAAGAUUUAAAGGCUAAUAUUAUUUUAGAUAUGGCUACUUUAACUGGAGCCCAAGCUGUGGCAACUGGUAAAUAUCAUGGAGCUAUUUUAACAAAUACUGCUGAAUGGGAAGAUUUAGGUGUACAAGCUGGAUUAAAUUCCGGUGAUUUAUUGUUCCCCAUACCAUAUUGUCCUGAAUUACAUUUUAGUGAAUUUGCAUCAGCUAUUGCUGAUAUGAAAAAUUCUGUAUCUGAUCGUAGUAAUGCUCAAUCAUCAUGUGCUGGAUUAUUUAUAAUGGCACAUUUAGGAUUUGAUUAUAGUGGGGCUUGGAUUCACGUUGAUAUGGCCGCACCUGUUAAUUGUGGUGAACGUGCUACAGGAUAUGGAGUGGCGUUAUUAACAACUUUGUUCGGACAUUAUACUAAACAUCCUUUAUUGAAUUCAGUUAGUCCAUUAUUCUCGGAAUCUACUGAAAAUGUCACAAAAAAACAACGCAUUAAUUAAUAUAUUCCUAAUUAUUAUUUUUUUUACAAAUGCUACAAUCUUUUCAUAUCACUUUAGGAUCAUUAAUAAAUACGAUUCUAGUCGAUGAUGAUUUUCGACUGAAAAAUUUGGCCCAAAAUAUUAUUUUAGAUAUUAAAUUUAGUGAAAAAAAAAAAUGUUUUUUGAAAAUGAUAAUAUGCUUUUAUGUUAUGUAAUGUGUUGAUCUUAUAGUAUGAGAGCUAGCAAAGACACGUUUUCAAAACGGGUAGAUUUUGAUUAUUUACUUGGUAGGAAUAAAGUAUGUCUGGCAUCUGAGAGCGGUUUCCAAAUUUAAAAUCAAUUUAAGACAAUUUUUAUCAAAUUAUUUUUCAUGCCGUUUAAGCAGUAGCAAUUUUAAUUGCCAGACAGUUUAACCAUUGCUAACACUGCGCCAGAUAUUAAUUUAAAAAAAACGUAUUUAAAUCACUUUAGUAUGGCUUUAAUUUUAAUAUGAUUUAGUCAUUAAAUUAAAGAAUUUAAUUUUAAUUUGCCAGGCAGAAAUUCGGUUGCUUUACUGGAGCGAAUCUAUCAUUAACACAGCCACUCUCAAAUGUAAGAUAUAUCUCAUACCUUCCUAAAUUCAAUAAA